ACGUGCUUGACUAAACGUUUGCAGCUCUGGGUGGAGUUUUUUUAUGCAUUUGCUAAUGAGUUAGUGUUUGUCGACAGCCUAGAAGUGUGUAUAUCUAAAGAAUUCGGUUGCAGCUUUGCAACUCAGCAGUUCAAACACAAAUGAUGCAGCGGAGGCACUCAGCUACUGCCAUGGGGCGACAGCAGGACAAUGCACAUCUUUUUAAACAGUCUUCGGGCACCAGCGUGGUGGUGGACAUUGCGGUGAUGGGAGAGGCCCAUGGUAUGAUCUCGGACCUGCUGGCAGACCCCUCCCUGCCCCCGAACACCAGCAGCUCUCUGAAAGCUGUCAGCAACCUCCUCAGCACCCAGAUCAACAUCCAGCCACUCCAUCGACCUCGCAUCCCCACAGACCCCCAUGCCUGCUCCGACUCAGAGGAUGGGCCGGAAAAACCAGAGAGGCUGGCCAUCCCAAAGCGUCUCAGAAGGAGUCUGCCACCAGGGUUGCUGAGAAGAAUUUCCUCAACCUGGACCACGACCACGUCAGCAACAGGGCUGCCCACCAUCGAGCCGGGCCCUGUGCGGAGAGAUCGCUCAGCCAGCACCAAACACACUGUGGACGGUGAUUCGAGGAACAACCCGUUGAUGGUAACCAUCUCAAAGAGCCGCUCCAUGUCAGCCUCCUACACUGCCGCUGGCACUUCCAACCACCUCUACAGCAAACCACUGGGAAGACCAGGUUUCCCUCCUUCCAACGUAUCACCUCUGGGCUCUCCGUGUCCGUCUCCUCCUGUCCAGGGAACUCCCGUCUCCAGCCCAACGAUAAAGACGUGCUCAGUGCAGCUUCCCGAGCCGACCGAGCCACAGACAGAGCAGGUUCCUGUGUCUGUUGCCUCCAAGAGCCAUCACAGAGCCUUAACUCACAGCCAGAGCGCGCCAAGCUCCACCACCAUUCACUGGCGGCCUCAGUCACUCUGCGGCAGCUGCGGCAGGCCGUUCAACAAUCGGCUAAACAACGGAGUAGAAUCAGGAAGCAAAACAGACAGAAUACCCCAUCCAGAUGAGCGUGUCGUAGCUUCCUCAGACUACGACAGCACCUACGACAGCACUUACGAGACCAACCACAGUGACAGCAGCGACUUUGCACAAAAUGACGACGAGGGAGAGGGAGGCAAGAAGCCGCGUGAAGCGAGAGAUGGCUGCAGGGAGUGUCCAACAGAGGGCAUUGUUCUUCACCCACUCCUGCCGUCCCCAGAGGAAAAGUCAGUGUCUGCCCCAGAGAGUCCGGUCAUGCCGGGCCUGGAACCCCUGAUGAGUCAGCUCAACAACUGGAACUUUCCUAUUUUCAGCCUUGUGGAGAAGACCCAUGGCAAAACAGGGUGCAUCCUCAGCCAGGUUUCCUAUCGGCUCUUUGAGGACACUGGUCUGUUUGGGACCUUCAAGAUUCCCAUCAAAGAGUUUAUGAACUACUUCCAUGCCCUGGAGAACGGCUACAGGGACAUACCAUAUCACAACCGAAUCCAUGCGACUGAUGUGCUGCAUGCCGUGUGGUACCUCACCACGCAGCCUGUGCCGGGCCUGCCCACCCUGCCCACGGAGAACGGGAUACACACUGACUCGGUGGACAGCAUCACGUCUGGAGCCUCAGGGUUCCUGGCGUCCAAGAUGAGCUCUAUGCUAGAAGACGGCUACGGCUCCCUGUGCGGUCUAAUUCCCGCCCUGGAGCUCAUGGCCCUCUAUGUAGCUGCUGCCAUGCACGACUACGACCACCCUGGAAGAACAAAUGCAUUUCUGGUAGCCACGAGUGCACCACAGGCUCUUCUAUACAAUGACAGGUCAGUGCUGGAAAACCAUCAUGCGGCAGCAGCGUGGAACCUCUUCAUGUCUCGACCUGAGUUCAACUUCCUGGCUAACCUUGAACACGUGGAGUUCAAGCGGUUCCGCUUUCUCGUCAUUGAAGCAAUCCUGGCCACCGACCUCAAGAAGCACUUUGACUUCCUCGCAGAAUUUAAUGCAAAAGUGGGUGAUGAAGGAGUGUCUGGCAUUGACUGGACCAACGAGAAUGACCGAUUGUUGGUGUGCCAGAUGUGCAUCAAGCUUGCAGAUGUCAAUGGGCCCUUGAAGAAUAAGGAGCUGCAUCUGCAGUGGACAGAAGGAAUUGUGAAUGAAUUCUAUGAACAGGGUGAUGAGGAGGCAACUUUAGGCCUUCCUAUCAGCCCAUUCAUGGACCGGUCUGCCCCGCAGCUCGCCAAACUACAGCAGUCCUUCAUCUCCCACAUAGUGGGACCACUGUGCUCUUCCUACGACUCUGCUGCUCUCAUGCCAGGGCACUGGGUGGACCCGUCUGAAGAGGCGGUGGAGCUGGACGUGGAAAAGGAAGGACAAGAUACUGAAGAAGAGGACACAGCGGAUGAAGAGGCCUCCACAGGUUCCGAUGCCUCUCAGCGCCAGGAACCCAAAAAUCUGCGCAGACGGAAGGUCUUUUGUCAGAUCACACAACAUCUUCUGGAAAACCACGAAAUGUGGAAACGUGUGAUUGCAGGUGAAGCCUCAGAGGAGACCCAGGACGAAAAGGCCAACUGCUUAGGAAACCCUGUGGAUUCAAUCACAGCAAUCCGCGAGGAGGAGGAGGAGCAGACAAGCAAAGAGGAGGAGUCAGCCGACGACCUCGAUGAAGGAGAGGAGGAGGCGGCAGUGGAGGAGGAGGAGGAAGUCUUUCCACAAUCAGAGACCUCAGGAGAAAAAGAGGAAGUUCCAGAAUGAGAUUAUGAACUUGAGCCUCCUCUUAAACCAGGAAUCUUGACCAUUCUUUGAAAACGUUUGUUUCUUUCCUAACCAAACUCUUUGUAUGGUAGCCAGCACAUCACUUUGACACAACACUGUAGAAAAUGUUUUGGGUAAAACGUGCCUAACAAAAACAGGGUUGAGGACUGGGAUGGCGCAUGACUAGUAUAUCUGAUGAGGAGAUGAGCAAAAGAAGAAGAAAUAGAAGAAACAGAGUGGUGAUUGUGAAAAACGGACUAAGUUUUUUUUUUUCUUUUUUUUUUUUUUACUUUAGCAGCUGUUUUACUCUGGAUCUGCAGCCCUGCCCUCACCCAGGCUGUCCCUUGUGCACUAAUGGGCCAACAACCACUCUUCCUGCAGCUUCCAUUUUAUCAUCACACUGUGUAGCCAACCCAGCUGGCUAAAGGUGUGCAGCAAGCCCCUUCUUCAGGACAAUGGGAUGAAAGUCAGGGUAAACGCUGUCUACAGUCAUGUGGAUUAAAGGAGACUGAAGAAAGAGCCAACGGUAUUGUGUUUAAAAAAGACCAGAGGACAACACAAGUUUCACACAAUCACAUUCCACACUCCAAACAGAGAAGACGUUUGACAAAGAACCUUAUUGCUCCAAAAGCUUUAUUCUUGCUCAAGGAAAAUCCACGUCAAAUUUUAGCAUUCAUUUUCUCCCUUUUUUUUUUUUUUUUUUUGGUUACUCAGUCCACACAGACACCGACGUGUUUUCAGGCUGAACAACUCAGGAAGGCAGAUUUAGAAUAACAAAAGGGACUUCCAACGUCCUUGUCCUUGUAUUUUUCUCUCUUCCUUCUUUUAUUUGUUUAGUUAAAGUAGCAUUGCGCAAGUUUAAAGGUAAAAAAAAUGUUCCUUCCCCAUUCAUGCCCUUACAAUUACGCGUCGUGUAAAAUGAGUUUUCCUCUAUUUACUGCAGUGGCCUCUAUAGGCUCCAUUAGUCAGUUCAUGAGAGUGAUUCAGGCCAAAUCCUCUGGGCAUGUUCAUGAGUGUGACGCACUGCGCGCUCUCGUUCACUUGGCAACCUUGUUGAAUCUCUGCCGCUGGUGACGCAUUAGGGAGAGAACAUGGCCUAACUUCAAUAUUUAUAGCUUUCUUACCCAAGAAGACAUUACACCUCUAAACAAAAUACCUGUGCAGUCG